AUGGCGGACACAACCCUGAACCUGACCCAGCGCUCUCCCGCGCACCCCGUGAAGCGUCUCCCGUCCUCCCUCGAGCUCCCGUCCGGCGCCAACGUCGAAGAUGUCAAGGUUGCAAUCGCCCGCAAAGUCGGCUUCUCGGACCACAACCGAGUCGGCCUGUACGAUCCCACCACCAAGAAGACCUUGAAGGACCGCAAGGCCGCGCUCUCCUCCCUCGGCCACUCGGAGCUGCUCGUCAAGGACCUCGGCCCUCAGCUCGCCUGGCGCACCGUCUUCCUCAUCGAGUACUUCGGCCCUCUGCUCUUCCACCCCAUCUUCAUGGGCCUGCGGAAGCACCUGUACCCGGCCGCCUACCCGUACGUCAAGGCCCUCGUGCCCUACGAGCCCAACGCCUUCGACGGCCCCCUCAGCAUCAGCCAGCAGCUCACCUUUGCCCUCGUCAUGCUCCACUUCCUCAAGCGCGAGUACGAGACCGCCUUCGUGCACAAGUUCUCCGCCUCCACCAUGCCCGUCUGGAACGUCUUCCGCAACUCCUUCUUCUACUGGGCCGUCGCCGGUUUCCUGGCCGCGCUCGAGGUCUAUGCGCCCUUCAGCCCAGCCGCCAAGGCCGAGAACCUGUCCAUCGACCUGCUCGGCUUGGCCUUGUUCUUCUUUGGCGAGAUCGGCAACUUCUCCGUGCAUAGCUACCUGUCCAGCUUGCGAAGCCCCGGCGGUACCGAGAGGGUCAUCCCCAAGGGCUACGGGUUCGAACUGGUCACCUGCCCCAACUACAUGUUCGAGGUCAUCGCCUGGAUCGGUGUCAUCCUCGUCAGCAGAAGCCCGUCGAUUGCCCUGUUCAUCUCCAUCGGCUCCAUGUACAUGUUCAGCUGGGGCAAGGGCAAGGAGAGGGCCUAUCGCAAGGAGUUUGGCGACAAGUACAAGAAGAAGCGAUACGUCAUGCUCCCCGGUCUGCUAUGA